CAAAUUACAAGUGUUCAUCAUCAUCUAUAGCUUCUUAAUUAUCACCUUGUCUUCAACCUAGCUAGCACGAAGACGACUAACUCGAUCUGUCUAAACCCAACGACUUCAUCAAGCUUAUUGCUCGGUCUUUUUCUGUGUGGAUAAAAUAUUAUACAAUUAAUCAAUGGAGAUGGGAUUGAACUCUUCGAUAGAGGACAUCAGAUUUAAACAAGAAGUUGCUGAUGAUCAUAACCAACCGAGUUCUUUGUCCUUGUUGAGGCAACGAUGGAACAAUCCGAGGAUCGUACGAGUUUCGAAAACAUUCGGAGGCAAAGACAGACAUAGUAAAGUGUUUACAGUUCGUGGUCUCCGAGACAGGAGGAUAAGGUUGUCGGUGAUGACAGCAAUUCAGGUCUACGACCUUCAAGAACGACUAGGGCUGAGUCAGCCUAGCAAAGUCAUUGAUUGGCUUUUAGAAGCAGCCAAAAACGACGUCGAAUUGCUUCCUCCUUUGCAGUUCCCACCUGGGUCGUUUCAUCAAGUUAACCCUAAUCUCAGUCAAAUGGGAGAAUCUUUCCCUGGGGUCUUCGAUCUUGGAAGCUGCUCCAACAGAGACAACAUGGAUCUUGACCAAAGAAAAUGGGCUAGAUUCGAUCAUAACACUAGUCUUGAUCACGGGUUCGACAUCGAUCAUCAUCAUUUCUCGAAUUCAAUCCAAAGCAACAAGCUUUAUUUCCCUACUAGUACUACUACUUCGGCUAGCAGCUCUUAUCACUACAACAUUGGACAUCUCCAACAGUCACUGUUGGACCAAUCUGGUAAUGUUACUGUGGCGUUUUCCACUAACAGUAAUCUCAAUCCGCCUCUUGCGGAAACUAUGAAUUCUCUAUUUCCAAGGUAUCCUUCGUUUCUCGGUGGUGGUCAUCAGCUUCAGCUCUUUAACGAAAACUCGAACUCGUCCAACCAAAGGGAUCAUGUGGAGUAAUAUUACAGCUCUGGUCUCCAGAGUACUCUUUCAUAAGUUGAUGAUUUUUGUUAGUCAUGGAUGGUAUUUAUUACUACAUAUACAUAGAUACAUUUAUAUGGUUUAAUGGGUUAUUGUUGGAUUGAGUAGUCAUCAUAUUAAUAUAUGCGUGUAAUAGAUACACGUAUUCAUGAUACGAUAUAUAGA